GAACCCUAAUCCUCCCUCCGCCGAAACUACACGCUCAAGCUCUCUCUUCCGAUCUUCCAUUCUACAGUCAUCCCUUCCGGCCCUGCCUUCCUGCCGAAAUCACUUCCUUAUUCUGAAAUGGCAGUCACAUUCAACAACCUUAGCUCAGAUUCUGGCCUUGCUAAGCUUGAUGAGUACCUACUCAGUCGCAGUUAUAUCACUGGAUAUCAAGCUUCCAAGGAUGACAUCACAGCAUAUUCUUCUAUUCCCAAGCCACCUUCAUCUAAAUAUGUGAAUGUUUCUCGGUGGUACAACCACAUUGAUGCACUAUUGCGAAUUUCAGGUGUAUCAGAAGAAGGUUCUGGUGUCAUCAUUAAAGGUUCUGCACUUGUCUCUGAGUGUGUGGCAACACCACCAGUCUCUGACUCAAAGCAAGUACAGGCUUCAGCAGCUGUAGAGGAAGAUGAUGAUGAUGUUGAUUUGUUUGGCGAGGAGACAGAAGAGGAAAAGAAGGCUGCUGAAGAACGUGCUGCAGCUGUGAAGGCUUCAAUAAAAAAGAAAGAGUCUGGGAAGUCCUCAAUUCUUUUGGAUGUCAAACCAUGGGAUGAUGAGACUGAUAUGAAAAAGCUUGAAGAAGCUGUCCGAAGUGUUAAAAUGGAAGGUUUAGUUUGGGGUGCAUCCAAGCUUGUUGCAGUUGGAUAUGGCAUCAAGAAAUUGCAAAUCAUGCUCACCAUUGUGGAUGACCUUGUGUCUGUUGAUGAUCUUGUCGAGAAUUAUCUCACAGUUGAACCAAUCAAUGAACACGUUCAGAGCUGUGACAUUGUGGCGUUUAACAAGAUAUGUAAGGCCACACUCUAUCCAUUCAAUUCUUCGCCUUUAAUACAAUUGUACAUUUGUCUCUGCUGCCUUGUGCUAACCACUGCCUAAUGUCAACUUACCUGCUCUUUUAACAGGAGCUCUCUACUCUGGCAUGUUGGAGCAUGCAAUCUGCUUAAACUGCUCCCAGUCGGUGGUUAUUUUUCUUGUCUUGAGCUUGAGAGUUUUUUUUGCUUUGUUUUCGUCAUGGAUGAACUCCCAUUUUGUUUGCUGAUGAAAUUGACGUGGAUCUUUGAAUUGGUUUAUGUGUUGGCAGUUUGGAAAACAUAAUUUUAAUACUCAGCUCUGUUCUUUUUGAACUCUUUUGCUUUCCUUUUUCAGGUGUCUCAAAGAGUUCCUAUUCCAUCUAGGUAAAGAAAUAAGGUGUUCUUUU